AUGGCGCCCGCCGUUUCUUCUUUUAUUCCCCCUCUCUCCUCCCUCCCUAUCCCCACCUUAAUCCGCGAAUCCCGCUCGCGACGACUCCCCUCCGCACUCUUUUCGCGCGGCGCCGUCUCUAAUCUCCUCCUCCUCGUCGUCGCCGUGCUCCUAUUCGCCGUCCGAUUAACUCCGCCAGUCGCCGCCUUACCUCACUACGGCGCCGUCCCCGGCGGAAGCUGUCCCAUGAAUGAUUGGUCUGAAAACGGCUACUGGGGCGCGCUCGAGGCGCGCACGCAAGCCGCGCUCGCCGUGGCGCAGGAGUGGCGCGACGCGGCGAACGAGGCGCUGGGAAAAUUCGAGCCGCUGCAGCUGCUGGUGGCGGCGCUGCUCGCGGCGGUGGUGGGGGGGAAACUCGCGCAAGUCGCGGGUGCUGCUGCUGCGCAGAUCCGGUACCAAGGCCUAGUACCCUCUCUAAUUGCCCUCUUCUUCUCCCUCAUCAGGCUUGUUCCAGGCGUGAAGGCCUACGUGGAAGAGCAGCAGGCCAAGGCCAGGGCGCAGAUAGCGGGGGGCGGCAGCAGCAGCAAGGAGCGCGCGCAGUGGCGCAAGAGGCUGCCAGACGUGGGCGCAGAGGCGGACGAGGUGCUGGGGGAGAUGCGCGCGCUGAGGGAUAAGGACAAGGCGUGGCAGGGGCGGUGCUCUGGGACCGUCUAUGUGGGCGGGGAGUCAUACGAGAAGCACAUGAAGCUGAUAUCAGAUGCGUACACCUUGUUUCAGCACACCAAUCCCUUGCAUCCAGACGUCUUCCCCAGCAUCACUCGCUUCGAGGCGGAGGUGGUUGCAAUGACGGCGGCCCUGCUGGGGGGAGGAGAUGGGGGGGGGAGUGAUGGCAGGGCGGAGCAGGGGGGAGAGAAGGGGGCGGGGGAUGCGGGGGGGAAGGGGGGGAAGGGGAUUAAGGGCGGAGCGAAAGGGGAGAAGGGAGGGGCGGGGAGGGAGGUGUGUGGGAACAUGACGAGUGGGGGAUCGGAGAGUAUUCUGAUGGCUGUGAAGGCGGCUAGGGAUUACAUGUGUGCCAAGAAAGGCAUCACUCGCCCCGAGAUGAUAGUGCCCGUGUCGGCGCAUGCAGCGUACGACAAGGCAGCGGAGUACUUCCAGGUGCACCUGCUGCGAGCGCCCGUGGCGGACGACUGGUGUGUGGAGGUGGAUGCUGUGCGGCGCCUCUGCUCCCGCAACACCGUGCUGAUCGUGGCAUCGGCGCCGGGCUUUCCACACGGCAUCAUCGACCCCAUUCCGGAGUUGGGCGAAAUAGCAUUGCGCUGGGGCACGUGCCUGCAUGUGGACUGCUGCCUCGGAGGCUUCGUGCUGCCCUUUGCUAAGAAGCUCGGCUACCCCCUGCCGCCCUUUGACUUCUCAGUCCCUGGAGUGACGUCCAUGUCGGUGGACUGCCAUAAGUACGGCCUCGCUCCCAAGGGCACGUCCGUAGUGCUGUACCGCAACAGGGAGAUCAGGAAGCAUCAAUUCUGUGCUGUGACGGAGUGGAGUGGUGGCCUGUACGUGUCUCCCACUGUCUCUGGCAGUCGCUCAGGGGCUCUCAUUGCUGGCGCCUGGGCAGCCAUGAGAGGCAUUGGCAUGCAGGGAUACUUGGACAUCACAAAACGGCUAAUGAAGGCAUCAAAAGCAAUCGUGGCAGGGGUAUCGCGCAUAAAGGGACUGCAGGUGGUGGGGGAACCGGAUAUGACGGUCAUAGCAAUGACAUCGGAUCAGCUUGACAUAUACCGGAUCAAUGAUGCUAUGACACACAGGGGAUGGGCCCUCUCCGCCCUGCACAAACCAGCCAGCAUUCACCUGUGUGUGACGCUGCAGCACGUGGGUGUGGUGGAUGCGUUCCUGGAGGACCUACAGGCUGCUGUGGAUGAGGUGCGGUCAUCACCCUCUCCCUCAUCGCAAGGCAUGGCCCCUAUAUAUGGCGCUGGUAACCGCAUGCCGGAUAGAGGAGCUGUCAAGGAACUGCUGUUGGACUAUAUGGACUCGCUCACAUGA